AGUCCUGGAUAUUACGGAGCCCGUGACCUCGCUAUAGAACACCUUCUUUCGAUACUCGUACAUCUCUCCCGAGGCAAAGUAGGCUCUGUAGUGGUUUAUGGUCACCUCCUCUUACCAUGAAGGCGAUGGAGAGGCGGUGCAUGCCCCUCAUGCAGCGCCGGCGCUCGGGGCUUACAACAGGCGCUCAUCCGAUUCUUACAGCUCGCGGACAAGGCCUCUCUCCUCUUCCGGUGUACUGCAAAGCGGCAGCAACUCCAAGCAGGCGGUGAGAGGAGAGGAAUCUCAAGAUACAGAAAAGGCAAACGAGACGGCAUCCUCCGAUUCUCAACCAUCAGAAGAGCAGUCACCCCCUUCCGCCACAGGGGAGAAAGGCGGAGCAGGCCCCGCCGCGGCCGAUCCCAAUCUCGUGACCUGGGAUGGGCCGGAUGAUCCUGCGAAUCCACAGAAUUGGUCGACUUUCAAGAAGUGGCAGGUGAUCCUCGUUGCCUCUUCUUGUUCGCUAUGCGUGACGAACAAUUCGAGUAUCGUGGCGAGCAAUUACGAGCCGAUAGAGGCCGAUUUCGGCAUUAGUAGGACAGUUGCGAUUCUGGGUUUGAGCUUAUUCGUUACUGGACUGGGUCUAGGACCGCUCUUCCUUGGUCCUUUCUCUGAAGCAUACGGCAGGCGGCCGAUCUACUUGAUCAGCUUUGCUCUAUUUACCCUCUUUCAAUUACCCGUUGCAUUCGCCAAUCAUGCCGCGAUCUUCCUCGUCUUCCGAUUCCUCGUCGGCAUGGCAGGCUCCGCCUUUCUAUCAGUGGCGGGAGGCACUGUCGUUGACAUGUUCAAUCCAUACUAUCUCUUUCCGCCUAUGGUAAGUGGCAUGAGAGCUGUAGAUACCCUCAGACAUCUCCCUGGCUUUGCGCUGACCUUCCUUUCCUCUCCUUCUGCCCAGUGUGUAUACACUGCCUCUCCCUUCGGAGGUCCAGCUCUCGGACCACUGAUUGGUGACUUCAUUGUGGCCUACAAGUCAUGGCAUUGGGUCUGGUACGUGACCAUGAUGUGGUCUGGCUUCCAGUACCUCCUGAUCGUCUUUUUCGCACCAGAGACAUAUGGUCCUAAGCUCCUCACACAGCGUGCGCGGAAGCUGCGAAAGGAGACUGGGAAUGAGAAGCUGUACAGCGCUCAUGAGGAGACCAGGAGGAAUCAAGAGUGGUGGCCAACCAUGAAGAGCACACUGAGCACGGUUCCGAUGCUACUCAUCAGAGAGCCCAUGUUGCUCGCUCUCUGCCUCUGGUCGGCUCUGUUGCUGGGUAUCCUCUACGCCUUCUUCCAGGCGUACCCAAUCGUCUUUACGGAACAGCACGGAUUUUCCAGUACGCAGACCGGUUUGGCCUUCUUGGGACAGACUACCGGUAUUGCCUUGGCGCUCUGCACUGUGCCCUUCUGGUCGAAACUGUACCAGAAGGCCGCUCACAAGCAUGGAGGGGUUGCGCCUCCCGAGGAACGACUGCCAAUGUGCAUGGUGGGCGCCUUCCUGACCGUCAUCGGCCUUUUCAUUUUCGCCUUCACCAGCUACCCCAGCGUACACUGGUCGGGCCCAGUGGUCGGCUCCGUCUUCUUCGGGUCAGGUGUCCUAUUCAUCUACGCAGGCGUCUUCACCUACACUUCCAAUUGUUGGAAACCCGUCGCCGCCUCGGCCAUGGCGGCCAAUAGUCUGGUUCGAUCGAGCUUCGCAGCUGCUCUGCCCCUCUUCACCACGCCCAUGUAUGAGGCCAUGGGCACAGACGGAGCUACAGCCUUCUUGGCAGGUCUCAAUGUCCUGAUGAUCCCCAUUCCAUUUGUACUGUAUAAGUAUGGAGCGCGCAUCCGAGCUAGGAGUUCUUAUACUAUGCAACCUUGAGCAAGUACCACAGGACCCCUACUCUAUCAUUAUCUCAUCCUUCCUUGCUCUUGCAUCUCACUGCUCUCGCUUUUGCACAUAUCUUGCUAUCUCAUUUCAUCUCUGUCACCAGCCCUUCCAGGGCACCCAAAUAUCAACUACCCUUGGCUCAAAU